AUGGCUGCCAUGUUUCUCGCAUACAUGCCCCCAAGGUCACUCUAUGAUAGCUCGAGACUAAAUAAUAUACAGGGCAAAGUAGCCGAGCUACGCCUCGAGUUAAACAGCGGAGGAAAAAAGGAUAAAAACCAUGCGGGCAAGAAGAUUGCCCUCAAAAAGAUUGUUGCGAAUAUGACUAUGAGCAAUAAUGAUAUGGUUGCCUUAUUUCCCGAUAUCAUUGGGUGCAUGGGCAUCCAGAGUUUGGAGAUCAAGAAAAUGUGCUUCUUGUUUCUGGUCAACUACGCCAGGAUAAGGCCUGAGAUCGCUGUCAAGGCGAUUCCCGUCCUGGAACAUGAUAUGGAAGACCACAAUCCUCUGGUACGGGCAUUGGCUCUUCGAACGAUGUCCUACAUCCAUGUCAGGGAAUUUGUCGAAGCCACUGUACCAAUAGUCAAGCAUAUGCUGAAAGAUGGCGACCCUUACGUACGAAAGACGGCGGCCUUCUGUGUAGCAAAGCUCUAUGAUCAUGACCGACAUAUGGUGGAGGGCUCAGACCUGAUCGACAGAUUAAACUCACUGCUUAGGGAUGACAAUCCUACUGUUGUCGCAAGCGCCCUGGCUGGUCUGAUGGAUAUUUGGGAACGCAGUGAUGCCAUUAAACUCACCAUUGACUAUAGCAAUGCCUCCAAGAUGGUGGCUAUUCUUCCCGAUUGCUCCGAAUGGGGUCAGACAUAUAUCCUAGAGGCUCUUAUGUCCUAUGUGCCACAAGAAUCUGGAGAAGCGAUACUUCUGGCUGAGCGGAUAUCACCACGACUGUCGCACUCUAAUUCGUCGGUCGUGUUGACCUGCAUUCGGGUGAUUCUGUAUCUGAUGAACUAUAUCGGCGAUCAGAAGCAGAUCUCGGCUCUCUGCAGAAAGCUCUCACCACCUCUUGUUACACUUCUCGCCAAGGGUCCCGAGGUUCAAUAUCUUGCCCUUCGAAAUGCUUUACUGAUUCUCCAGCGACGACCGGAAGUAUUGCGAAAUGAUAUUCGCGUGUUUUUCUGCAAGUACAAUGAUCCUAUUUACGUCAAGGUGACCAAGCUGGAACUCAUCUUUAUGCUUGCCAAUGAGGACAAUAUUGAUGAGGUCCUGACGGAACUUCGAGAAUAUGCUACCGAAAUCGACGUUCACUUUGUGCGCAAAGCUGUACGCGCCAUUGGUAAGCUAGCAAUUAAGAUUGAGCCAGCUGCACGACGAUGCAUCAACCUACUCCUCGAGCUUGUGGCAACCAAGAUCACAUAUAUCGUGCAGGAAGCUACGGUGGUUAUCCGAAACAUCUUCCGAAAAUAUCCCAACCAAUACGAGUCCAUUAUCAGCACUCUGUGCGAGCAUCUUGACUCCUUGGAUGAGCCCGAAGCCAAGGCAGCUAUGGUUUGGGUGAUUGGUCAAUACGCCGAUCGAAUCGAGAACAGCGACGCUUUACUGGAAGACUUUUUAUACUCGUUUGCAGAGGAACCUGUCGAAGUGCAACUGGCACUGCUCACAGCUACGGUGAAGCUGUUCAUUCAGCGGCCAACCAAGGGUCAAGAGCUGGUACCAAAGGUCUUGAAAUGGGCGACUGAGGAGACGGACAACCCUGAUCUUCGCGACAGAGCGUAUAUGUACUGGCGCCUACUAUCGACGGACAUGAAUGCAGCAAGAAAGAUUGUUAUGGGAGAGAAACCAGCAAUUACAGCUGAAUCAGAAAGGCUCGACGCGGCGACACUCGAGGAGAUGUGCUUGAACGUGGGAACCCUAGCCACGGUCUACUUGAAGCCGGUGCAAACCGUUUUUAGAUCCGCCAGACCCCGCAAACUCCAGGACUCACCAGCGCUGCAGAAGCAGAACCUCCUUGUUUCUGUAGAUAGCCAGAAGAGUAUCAGCAUGUUUGGUAAUGCUGGGGCAGCAACGGAUAUUGAUCCAAGAAGCCGCAACCCAACAUCUGGCGAGGGCCAAGGGAACAUUGCACAAGCAGUUAACGAUGCGGACGCCUACUUUUCAAGUAUUGGAACAACGCAGCAGAUGCAACCGAUGCAUAUUGAUCAAGGGGAUGAUGUCUUUGGAGGAGGUAAUGGCCACUCGACAGGGUACGUGGUGAGCGCGCAUGCACCCCAAGCGGUUCUCCAACCAGCCCAAGGUGCUGGCAGCAAUGGUGAUUUGUUAGUGCUAUGA